AUAAGCAGGAUGUGGCCUCUUCUACUAAACCACAGGAGGGUUGAGCUUCACACUGCCGUUUCUAAAUAUGGUGUAAGAGAGAGAGAGAGAGAUCACAGGUCCAACUGUCUAUGGAAAGUGAAAGUAGAAAACUAAGGUGUGCCUCAUACUGUGUCUUUGUAAGUACAGAAUUGUUUCCUUCAUAGUUUUAAUUUCGGCGAUGAUAGGGUUAAGCUGGGUGGUAAUGGUGCUGACAGAUUGUUGUAGUGACUUGUUAAAGCAAAUUUGUUUUAACGCCACUAAUUUCUUUGACGCAAUCGAUCAUUUGGAGGUUGUAGUGGGCUCAGAUUUAAAGCUAGAGUGACGAUACUGGUAUCAAACUAGAAAACCUAAGGAAUCAACUGGUGUGUUUUUUUUAUGCUAAAUGUAGUACCUGUGAGGAAAUUUGUUUGUGUGUUGUAUGAUGACCCUGGUGAUGAAGGCCACAAGCUGAAACAUGUUGGUCUAACAAUACAUGUGAUCUGCAUACUACAAGUGUUGCUUGAGUGUUACUUCUUCAGACUUCCAUCUCCAUGCACCUUGGAAUACAAGAGGAAGUGGUCACAGCCUGCUGCAGCCAUAGAUCAAGACUAUCAUGAAGGCCAGAGCUUGUAUAAGAAAGGAGUACGGAGUCAUCUUCCUCUCUCUGGCUCUCUUUGUCUUGAUCUAUGUGCUACGUAACAUGGAUGUUCUGGAGUUUCCACAUAAAGUGAACUCCAUCAUCAUCGUCCCAAGAGUUUUCACUGACCCUGACAUGAAUCGCAGCUUCUGCAAUUUCCAGCCACUGUCCCGUGAGGAGGCUCUGGAGGAACGCUUCCUACUAGACUCCAUUGCUUGGCCUGAAACUCCACUUGUUUCUUUGGAGCAGACCAGCGAUCCAGCUCACAGCAACUUCACCAUUCUCCCAGCGAGGGGAGGAGGACAGUGGCACGUAGGGGAUCAGCUGGAGGUUAUGAUACAGAUGUCUGACUUCAAGGGCCGUCCCAGGAAGUCUGGGGGGGACUUCUUACUCGCCAGGCUGCACAACCGGAAGAUUGGUGCAGGUGUGGUUGGGCAAGUGGUGGAUCAUCUCAAUGGGAGUUACUCUGCUGUAUUCUCUUUACUCUGGGAUGGAGGCGCGCAGGUUGAGGUGACGCUGGUUCACCCCGUUGAGGUUAUCCCAGUGCUGAACAGGCUGAACAGCGAACAGCCCGACAGGAUUUACUUCAACAGCCUCUUCCGCUCAGGCUCAGUCUCUGAAACUUCCAUCUGUAACGUCUGCCUACAUCCAACCCAGCCUCUGUGCAACUUCACUGACGUCCGUACAGGCGAGCCUUGGUUCUGCUACAAGCCAAAGAGCCUGAGCUGUGAUGCCAGGGUCAACCACGCCAUGGGAUCAUACAAAGAAAACAUCAAGGCCGAGGAGAAGAAGCUCUUUCAAAGCGGUGUUAACUUGAAAGUCUACAUGCGGUCUUCAGGACCUGCCAGUGUCACUGUGUUGCCACAAAAGGAAGCUCAACCAAAGGUGCAGAGCAGCAGUGUGACAUCUGGUCCUUCUGGUUUUUACUACCAGGAUGUGUGGCGAGCACUAGGUGGCACCACAGUUCAACAGUUCCAAUUCAACACUGCUGCCAUGAUUCAGUGUCUGAAAGGAAAGGUGGUCCACAUGUAUGGAGACUCCACCGUCAGGCAGCUGUUUGAAUUCCUCAACGCAGCUCUACCAGAUCUGAAGGAGUUUGACCUGCACAGCCCAGAGAAAGCUGGACCUUACAUGUCCUUGGACUAUGCAAACAACAUCUUGUUGACGUCCCGCUUCCACGGCCCUCCUAUCCGUAUUGUCGUCGUCUCAGCCAGCCAGCUUCGGUACAUUGCCAAUGAAAUAGAUGGCUUAAUUGGAGGCACCAACACUGUCGUCGUUUUUGGCAUCUGGGCUCACUUCGGCACUUUCCCGAUGGAGAUCUACAUCCGGAGGCUGCAGAGCAUCCGCAGGGCGGUGGUGCGGCUGCUGGACAGGGCUCCAGGCACGCUGGUCGUCAUCCGAACCGGGAACCCCAAAGCUCUGUCGCUUACUAUCUCUCUAACCAACAGCGACUGGCACUCGUGGCAGUGUAACAAGGUGCUCAGAGCCGUGUUCAAAGGACUGAAUGUUCAUCUGAUCGAUGCCUGGGAGAUGACCCUGGCCCACCACCUGCCGCACGACCUUCACCCAGCACCUCCUAUUAUUAAGAAUAUGGUUAACGUUCUCUUGUCCUACAUGUGCCCUCAAAAGGGUGUAUAGAUGUGUGUUUGUUUGGGAGGGGGAGUGGGGAUUAAAGCACAUGCUGAGUUUACUUGUUAUCUCUGUGUUUCUAUCAAGUCCUGUUUUUUUCAUUCAGGCAACCCAUGCACCGACUAGACUGAC